AUGUCAGGUCUAAGGAUUAAUUUUUACAAAAGUGUUGUGCGUGGGGUGGGUGUGGCAGAUGAAAUGGUUAAAGAGUUUCCUACAAAAUUGAAUUGUUCAAGUAAGAAGUUACCUUUGAAGCAUCUAGGACUACCAUUGGGGGCUAGUCCUAGUAGGAGGUUGACUUGGAGGCCAGUUGUGGAGAAGUUCAAGAAGAAGUUAUCUAGCUGGAAGAGAAGAGUUCUGUCAUUUUCUAGUAGAGUUACGCUCAUUAAAUUUGUGUUGUCUGCAUUACCUAUGUAUUACUCGUCUAUUUUUAAAAUGCUAGAGUGUGUUGCAAAAGAGAUUGACAGGAUUCAAGCAUCAUUUUUGUGGGGUGACUCAGAGUUUAUUAGGAAGCUCCAUUUAGUUCGGUGGAAAGAAGUUUGUUCUGAGCUGCUAAUGAAGAUGAAGUUGCUGCUGUGGGUAUUUUCAUUGUUUGUUGAACGAGGUGUUGCUGUGGAUGAUUUUGGUCUGGUGGGGAUGAUCACCAACAGUGGUUUGCACCCCACUCCCACUAACAAAAAUCACUUUAAUUCCAUUGGAUCAAGCCUAUGGAAAGAAGAAACAGAGUGCCUUUCAUGGCUUGACUCGAAACAACCCAAUUCAGUCAUUUACGUCAACUUUGGCAGCAUCACUGUUAUGCCACCCCUACAAUUGAUUGAAUUCGCCUGGGGACUCGCUAGUAGCAACCAAACAUUCUUAUGGAUCAUUAGGCCUGAUCUGGUUGUUGGUGACUCCGCGAUUCUUCCACCGGAUUUUGUGAGUGAGACUAAAGAAAGGAGUCUAUUAGCAAGUUGGUGCCCUCAAGAACAAGUCCUCAAUCAUCCAGCAAUUGGAGGUUUCUUGACACACUCUGGGUGGAAUUCGACUCUUGAGAGUAUUUGCAGUGGGGUCCCUAUGUUGUGUUGGCCAUUCUUCGCGGAUCAACAGACGAAUUGUUGGUUAUGUUGCGGCCAAUGGGGUGUUGGGAUGGAGAUAAACAACGAUUUUAAGAGAGAGGAAGUUGAGAGAAUGGUCAGAGAGUUGAUGGCUGGAGAGAGGGGGAAAGAGAUGAAAAGAAAGGUCAUGGAGUGGAAGAAGUUGGGUGAAGAGGCCACGACUUGUUCUGUUGGGUCAUCUUACUUGAAUUUUGAGAAGAUGGUCAGGUUUGUGCUUAUGUCUGCUGGUUCAAAUCAAAGUAGUUAGUGUGUGUGCACAUUUUCAUCUUACAAGCAAUUUCUGAAAUAAGUUGUUUCUUUUUUCUUUCUUUUUUUAAUUGUUUGGAAUAAUCUUGUACAAGUAUUGUCUUGACAGGGGGUUAGGGAUGGAUUUGUAUUUUGAUUUCCAUUGUGUCUCAAAAUUGUAUUAUUAUGCUUUUUUUAAUAAAGAACAUGUUCUUGUUGUA